UGGCGAUGACUAACUCCUAUGUUCUCUGCAGUACUUUUGUUGGUAUUUUGUGUUUUGCCAUAAUACCAGAAGUAUUGGCGUCAGCAAGAGCACCGUAUUUCAUCAAGGAGCCCACAGACACGUAUGUACAGCGGGGUAAGUCCGCUGUAUUGGACUGUCUAGUAGGCGGAAGCCUCAAGGCCGCUAUAACAUGGAGGAAAAAUGGUAUUGCACUGCGGGAUUUAUCGCAAGAUGACCGAAGAAUGAUAAAGCCGGACGGAUCUUUGUAUUUUUCCAAAGUUAAUCAUGACACGGCUGAAAAUUCAGACGAAGGAGCCUACCAGUGCGAGGCGUUAACGCGUAAUGACAUGAAUCUGGAUUUUCAGAUUUUGAGCAGAACGGCUCGUCUCCUCGUUGCUGAAAUUUCAUCCAAGGUGGCUGUUACUCCAUCCAAGUUAAAAGUUUCAUUUGGAGACACAUCAAGGUUUCAUUGCUACGUGAACGAUUCAACACCAAAAGCUGUUGUUAGGUGGAGAAAACUUGGAGAAAAUCACUUCAUUGAGUCUAGAGGACGUUUCACCAUAACUUUUGAUGGAGCCUUACAGAUCGCCGAGAGCAGAUUUGAUGACCAAGGAGACUAUGAAUGUACUGCAGAAAAUACUGUGACUGAAACAAGUCACACGAGCACUCUCAAAGCGUCGCUUGAAGUCAUAACAGAUAGUGGGUUUCCUCGCGGUCCAUAUGUGUCCGUCGCGUCUGUCGAGAGAAAAGACAUCGCUGGUGAUAUUGUCAUACUCGAAUGCAUUGCAAAUGGAUUUCCUAAACCAAAAGUCACAUGGCUAUUCGAUGGGUUACCUGUAGUGCUCGGAAGUGGUUAUUCUGUUGUUGGACAGAACAACCUUAAGAUUGAAUCAGUAACUGAGGAACACGCGGGAACAUACACCUGUCGUGCAAUUUCACGAAACGGCAUCGGAGAAGCUACAACUAAGCUAGAAGUACAUCAUCCUCCUUUAUUCAUCAAGAAACCAAAUAAUGUCCAUGCUUACGUCGAUUCCAAUGCAUUGUUUGAAUGCUUUGCUGACGGAAUACCCAAACCAGUUAUCACAUGGAGCCGAAAUGGGGACGUGAUUGAGGAAUCUCUUUACAACGUCAUCGGAGAUGGAUACUUGCUAGUCAAGAGGCUUGUGUUGUCCGACAUGGGACCCUAUCAGUGCUUUGCAGAAAACCAUUUGGGAAAAAUUCAGGCCACAGCAGAACUCAAUGUUUACAUGAAAGGCCAGCCGCUUCCAUCAUUACAAACCACAACUGCUCCGAAUACAGAGAGAACAGAGAAACCCAUAUCAGCAUCUGUUUCAGAUACCAAGACAGCGCAGAAUACCGCAUCAGCAUCGUACACCACAGUUGAGCCAGAGACGACAGUAGCCUCAGAGAGCUCAACGAAUUCAAGUGUGACAACAACUUCAGUGGCAACAGUAGUCCCAGUUACCGAGUCAAUCUCAGAUAUUUCAACAGCCCAGGUUACUACUGCAGCACCAGAUUCUACUCCAGCUACAGAUAGUACAGUUGACGUGCACAGCUCAGCUGUGUCAGAUCCUACAGUGACCUCAGAUACUACAAAACUUUCAGUUAUGACAGAUGCGUUACAAGGAUCAUCGGCAGUGCCAUACACCCCGUCUGCCAUGUCAACCAUUGCAAGUUUUGGAACAAGCCCAUAUCCCGUGAAGACAGCAACAAAUAAGAUUGCGACAAAUCAAGACACAACAUCAAUUCCAAACUCGACAGCAUCCUCAGCUGAACCCAAGACCUUAGCUUCAAUAGAGACCCUGGAUACUACAGUAGCAAAACCAGAUCUCAUUACACUAAUCCAUGGUACCUCUGGAACCCCGGCUUCCACGACAGUUGCGGAUUCCAUACCAGAGACCACAGAUGCCACAAAACAUCCGUAUUCUACAGCCGCGAAAGAUACUGCAUCAACAGUAGAAGCCACAAAUACUGAGACUGUGACUGUGGAAAACAAAUUCACCACAGCAAUACGAGAAGUCAUAACAACAUCGGACGCUACGGAACUUCCGCACACCCCAACACGAGAAAUCACUGCUUUCCCAAAGGCAACCUCAGACUUUAAAACGGAACCAGAUCCAGACGUUACAGCUCCUCCGGUUAUAACAACAACACCAGAUGUCCAGCACCGAGAUGAACUGCAACCUAUUGUCAAAGAAAAAACCGUAAGAGAAGGCUCGAUAAAAGUCAUCAAAUGCAUAGCAACAGCAAUCCACAAACCUGACGUAGACUGGUACAGAAAUGGCAAGAAGUUGCCCACAAUGAAGUGUUCCGAGUUAAAUGACGUCAGAUGCCAGGGAAUUCCGUAUGAAGUUUAUGAAGAAAUUAAAGAACACAAGUUUGGAGGAAAGAGCGCUAGGACUAUAAAAGUUCUUAAAAUACGAAGUGCAUUAUACUCGAGAGAUCAAGGAGAAUUUGAAUGUAUUGCAACAAACGGUCACGCCCAACCUGCAAAAUUAAUCAUUGAUCUGAACGUCCUAGCUCCCCCCCGAUUAAUACAAAAGCCCGACAAGGUGCUCAGUAGUAGCGGCAAAGGGUCGAAAGUGUCUUGUGUGGUGAACAAAGGCAAUCCUCUGCCAACAUUCAAGUGGGAAUACCAAAACACGGAUUGUUUCACUUUCAACACGAGCUCUUGUGACCCAGUUGAAAGUCAGUGGAUGCCCGUCCCUGAGAGUCUAAUAAUGACUCCUCCAAACACACCGACAAAGAAGAGUGUGGUAAACGUUCAAGGCAAUCAGCCAACUGCGAGCUUCAGGUGUCUGGCGUCUAAUAAACUAGGAAGGGAUUUUCAUGUCAUCAAACUUGUUCGAAGUGUACCCUUGGCUUUUGUUAAGAAACCACAGAAUAUCUUAAAGGGAUACCUGGGCCAAAAGAUACUUAUAAAUUGCUCCACCAAUGACCAAGAUGCUACAGUGUCCCUUCUUUACAGGCGCCAUCCAUUUGUGGCCUUUGUCAAACUAAAGCUGGAAGAAAAAAAACUUUUAAAGAAAGGACAGGCAUUCGAACUUCUCAAUGUCGGUUUAAGAGAUUCUGGAUUCUACGCAUGCGAGGCAAAAAAUGAAGCAAAUGACAAGAUUCGGUGGCCACCGGGUACAGGAUAUUUAAUUCUUAAUGAAGAACCGCUAGACUUUCUAAACCAGCCACCGGUUAUCAUACGAGGAUAUCUGGGCCAGAAUUUAGUCAUUAACUGUUCUACAAAUGAUCAGGAGGCAACAGUAUCUCUCCUAUACAAACAUCAUCCGCUUGCUUCCUUCCAUGAGCUGGACCUUAAACAAAACAAACUAUCGAGGAAAGGAAAGGUUUUUACUUUACUAAAUGUUGAACGCAGAGAUGCUGGAAUAUAUUCCUGCCAGGCGAGUAAUCGGGGUGGUUGGAACAUUCGAUGGCCACCUGGUAGAGGAUAUUUGAUUCCUAUUCGAGGUGGAUUACCAAAUCAUUUCGUUUUGAGGCCUAAAACACCGCUCACUGUACGACAAGGGCAGCAAAUAACUAUUACCUGUGAAUCAGAAGGUAUCUCAGAGACCAAACUACACUGGAUGAAACAAACCAAAACAGGAGAUGUUUCUGUCUCAAGUAACCUUGUCACUGUUGAUAAGGACAGAUCCACAAAUAAAGUUAGAGCCUUCCUUAAGAUUUCAAAUGUUCAGGCAGAAGAUGCUGGUGUUUACAAAUGCGUGUUAAGGGUCUUUGACAAGACAGAUCACAAGAUGAUUUCAUUGUAUGUUAGAGAACCAUUAUCUUUCCUCGUUAAACCAGACGUGAUUUUGCACGGAUACCAGGCCCAUAGUUUGACAUUAAACUGUUCCACUAACGACCGAAAUGCUACAGUAUCACUCUAUCACAGACACCAUCCCCUGGCACCUUUCAGGGAGCGAAAAAUCGACGCAAAGAAGGUUUUGUUAAAGGGUCAAGUAUUUACACUUCUAAAUUUAAGUCUAAAAGAUCAGGGAACAUACGCUUGUGAGGCCAAAACUGAGGAGAAUGAGAGCAUACGCUGGCCAUCUACAAGAGGUUACUUAAUCGUGAGCCAAGGGACAUAUGGACUUAAGCUUAAAGAAUAUCUCGACGCUCAAGACAUCUGUACGAAUAACAAUAUUCACGCCCACUCUAGAAACGUGACUUAUCCGCCAAUAAUUCACUUGAAAACGAAAGCCCCAAAAGUUAAAGUCACAUAG